CUAUACAAUACGCAAUGACAUCAUUCCGUUUUCUAUUACUAUUGUUAAUAAUAAGAGAGAUCACCUCACGAGUGGAAUUCACUAACUUAAAGUGUAUAUCAUUGGAUAAUUAUACAUCGGAAUUUGAGUAUUGUACUUUAAAGUCGGUAAAUCGAACCUACAAAUACAUUUCGGGAAAGAUGAUACUGCAUAACCUUCCAGUUACUAAAGUUAAGGUUAAUUUUGGACUCUACAAGCGAUUUAAUGGAUACAGGCCUUUCUUAUAUAACCAAACCGUAGAUGCUUGUUAUUUUUUCCUUCAUCAGAAGUCAAGUCCGGUUGCAAAAUAUUUUUUUGACAUUGUCAAGGAAGCCACAAACAUGAAUCAUUCCUGUCCAUAUAAUCAUGAUAUUAUUGUGGACAAACUUUCCAGUAACGUGAUCAAUCACCAUCUAACAGAAGUACUUGCCUAUCCGGAAGGUGAUUACUUGUUAGAGACACGUUGGAUAUUUAACGAAAGCCCUUCUGCCGUAAUCAAAUUUUACAUAACUCUUUCCUGA